CCAAAAACAGUGGUGUGGCUGAAUUAUACAACGGAAAACACCUUACCAAACUAUGAAAAUACCAACGUACACCAAUCAAUAAGCUAGGGCAAACACCCUUUGCUAUUCAACAUAAUCAACUAGAAAGGGGAUAUCUGAAAGUUUGGGGAGAUCGACCGACUGGUCGGCGAAUCGGCGAUGGUCAAGAAAUCGGCAACUUGGUCUCCGGCGGAGAAAGUUGGUUCCAUGGACGACCUGACGACGGAGAUCCUUGUGAGAUUACCGGUAAGAUCACUGCUUCGUUUUAAGUCUGUUUCCAAACACUGGUACUCUCUUAUUUCAAGCCCUUGCUUCAAACCCCCUAACCCUGACUUCCCUUCGGGUCUGUUCAUCCCGUUCCAUGUCGGUAGAUCAUAUCUAGGUUACGAAUUCAUCCCUUUCGAUAUCGAUAAUCCGGUUAAAAAACCCCCUUUCGUUUCCCUUGAUUUUAAUCUAGAUGGUUUGAUGAUUGAGCACUCUUGUAAUGGUUUAAUGUUGUGUUCUACGUAUUAUGAUAAGCUUUAUAAGUAUUAUAUAUACAAUCCAACCGUUAACCGAUUCGCCGCCCUUCCUACACCUGAAACAAAUGACGAUAAUUAUUUAUCACAUCAAUGUCAUAUGAGCUUAGCUUUUGAUCCUUCGAAAUCACCUCACUACCUAGUCAUAUAUGUCAACUGUGAGAAAAUUCCAUUUGUUCGUAAAAGUAAUUACAAGAUACAAAUUUAUUCCUCACAAACUCGUAGCUGCGACCGUUCAUUUACGUUCGUACUUGAUGAAGACAUCGCUAUGUAUUUCGGGCCUGGUGUUUAUUGGAACGAGGCCUUUCAUUGGAUUCACAAGAAAGGAUUUAUUUUGUAUUUUAAUUUGGAUCAACAGAUAGUUCAUCAGAUGCACACCCCUUUAGGUCUUAUUGGUGGUAAUUGGGAUGAAGAAAGCUAUUCAAAUUACUUGUUUGAAUCCCGAGGUCACUUGCUUGCGAUUGAAAUCCUUCGACCUCAUACUUCUAAGUUCAAGAUUCAUGAGUUGAUGAGAGAUUAUUCCGGUUGGUCCUUGAGGUACAAUGUUGAUCUUGAUGGGGUUUGUGGACCCUUCCCUGAGAUCAUGAAUCCUGAAUCCGCUGAUACCUUUGAGUUUGCUAUACUAGCUCUUGUUUUGAGCGAUAAACAAGAUGGCUCGUUUUUGGUACUGGAAAUACCUGGGAAAGUUUUGAGAUUCAAUUUGGUUUCAAAGACUUUCUACAAGCUCCAUGGUUUUUCUUCUCGCCGUAAAAUUCCCUACCCUAACUGCAAUAAGCAAUUUUAAAUUACUCAUGUUAUGAAGAAUUGAAGCAAGAAGCAAAAGAUACUUCCCUCUUCCAGGAAUUUAGACAAAAAUGAUCAUUUCUAACAUCUGAUUCUUGUCACAAAAAAAAGGAGAAUAUAUUGAAAACGUGUGUUUGCGUGUGUGUGCGCGCGUUGAUAUCAUAGUCCGCCUUCAUAUAAACCAGAAGGUAUAUGAAGAUUACCGUCCUGAAUACAUAACAUACAUCGACUGAUGGUCUCACUUUGAGUAUCUACAAGGAGAGUAGGAACUAGGAUGAAGGUGAUAGUGCAACUCGCAGACCAGGGGAAUUGGGUAGCUAUAUAUGUCAAAUGUUGGCAGUCUCAAAUGGUUGAGAGCUAGUUUUAACAGCUCUUUUACACUGCGGAGGGUUUAAAGGUUGUGGACCUAAAUGUACUUGGGGAUAUCUGAUGGCGGAAGUUUGAAAUUCAGAAUUAUGGAAUCCAGAAUUUUUGGUCCACACAUUAACACUAAUAGUCAGGACAAUUGUUUUUUUUCACACCAUUACUUUGGUCGAUUGGCAAUCAUAUUUGGGCAAAUAUGUGGAAAUAGAUUUGUUGCUUUGAUCUAUGGCUCUUGCUCUUCAUACAACCAAAAACGUUUGAUUUCA